UCCUGCCGCCCCCCCCCCAACCCCUUCUCGCGAAUUGUCGCCUCGCGAGUGCGCACUCGAGACUCGAGAGCGGUCCCCAGCAUCGUCGGCGGCGAUCGGAAACUUGAAUUUGUCGCCGCUUCUUGGUGAGCGACUCGAUGGCGACGGCAUUUCCGCCGCAGCGCCAAAGCUGAGAGCUUCGCAACGCUUGUGCUCGGUCGGCGGGAGGCUCGGGUGGACGCGAUGGACGCCAGCUGGCCCGCGGGCCCGGCGGGAAGCGCCCCCGCCCUCCCCUGAGGCCCGGAACCUUCCAGCGCGACCCCCUCCCCCCCCACGGCUCGGUCAAGCAUGCGAGUGAGCCGCUCCAACGUCCUGCUGGGCUGCGCGCUCCUCUGCUCCGCCUCCCUGCUCUACCUGGGCCUGAGCGGGCUGGACUGCCCCCCCGGGAGCCGGCGCUCCCGCUGGGCGGAGCUCCGCCGCGGCUCGGCCAAUGCCAACGCCUCGCUGGCCGAGCGUCUUCCCGAGGACGCGCCCCUCAUCUUCAUCGGCGGCUUCCCUCGCAGCGGCACCACCCUGAUGCGGGUCAUGCUGGACGCGCACAAGGCCGUCCGCUGCGGGGAGGAGACCCGCGUCAUCCCGCGACUGCUCACCAUGCGUGCCUCCUGGAGCCGCUCCGCCAAGGAGCGCGUGCGCCUGGACGAGGCCGGCGUCACCGACCAGGUCCUCGACUCGGCCGUGCGCGCCUUCCUGCUCGAGGUGAUCGUGGGCCACGGCGAGCCGGCGCCUCGUCUGUGCAACAAAGAUCCUUUUGCCUUGAAGUCGCUGACGUACUUGGCCCACAUCUUCCCCAAGAGCAAGUUUGUGUUGAUGGUGCGAGACGGCCGCGCCUCCAUCCACUCGGUCAUCUCGCGCAAGGUGACCAUCUCGGGCUUCGACCUGAACAACCCGCGCGACUGCCUGAGCAAGUGGAGCAACGCGGUGGAGACCAUGUUCAACCAGUGCGUGGCGGCGGGCCCCGAGCGCUGCCUGCCCGUGCGCUACGAGCACCUGGUGCUGCGCCCCGAGCGCCAGAUGCGCCAGCUGCUGCGCUUCCUGGAGCUGCCCUGGGACCCGGCCGUCCUGCACCACGAGGAGCUCAUCGGCAAGGCCGGCGGCGUCUCGCUCUCCAAGGUGGAGCGCUCCACGGACCAGGUGGUGAAGCCGGUGAACACGGAGGCGCUGGCCAAGUGGGUGGGCCACAUCCCCGACGACGUGGUGGAGCGCAUGGCCGAGGUGGCGCCCAUGCUGGCGCGCCUGGGAUACGACCCGCGCGCCAACCCGCCCGACUACGCCCGUGCGCCGCCGCUCUCCAACCCGCCGCUGCCUUGGAAGGUGGCGGAACCUUCCGGAGCCACUUAGAGGAAAAACAAGGAGGCGGCAGAACUUUGCGGAGCCUUCCGCCCCACACGCAAACGCCGCGCGUCCCGGAUGCACUUUAAAGGCGCACCGCCGGCCCGCCCGCCACACCUCGCCGCCGUCUUUCUGCCUUUUGGUUUUUCUUCUCCUCGGGGGCAUCCGCCGUCGUCGUCGCUGCCAAUGUGAACGAACCGCUCGCUGGACUUUUUUAAAGACCAUUUUCUCAAUAAGUUAUUACGAAAGAGCGACGCCCGCCCUCGCGCAUGUCAAUAACGGUCACGUGGUCUCUCUCUCUCAUUCUUGCAGUUGGUUUAGCGACUGGUCAAUAAUAAA